GCUGAUUCCGCUCCGAGAGUGUAUUUUCGCUCGUGGGGCUGAGGCCAUCUCAGCCUCAACGAAGACUUUUAGAACAGGAGCUCGAAUCUAACUUUCAGUACUUCAGGGAUUUCUUCUCAGAAUCUGAGAAGACAAGCCUUGGAGUACUUCAGCUAAUACGCUUCAAUAUCCCACCCGCCCGACAGCACCCUUGUUGUGCCGACAUUCUAGUUGGUUUAAUUGUUGAGAUCCAGUGCCGUCGGCAAUUAAUAUGCCUACCGACACGACACUCCCGGGAUUCCAGGCGACCGGAUACAGGCUUCGGAGAAAGCACGGAAAAUCCAGAAAUGGUUGUGUCAGGUGUAAGCAACAGCGGAAGAAGUGCGAUGAGUUGAGGCCGAGUUGCUCCAGAUGUAUCAAGCGCACAUAUAGAUGUCAUUAUCAGAACCAUCUGAGUGAUGGUAGUCCGUCGGAGGGACACGAGUCGACCCAUUUUCCAGCUCCUGAUUUGCCUGUGCUACCUGAAAGUCUCAGUCUUGUAGAUCCAGGCACUCUCUCGCCAGACUCACUUUCAAAUAAUCACCUCUCGGUUCCCAGUCCUUCGUCUGGAGGACAGUGUGCUUCCGUUUCAAGUCCUAGUUUGGAAAAAGAGAGACUAGUAUCGAAUUCGCAGUCCGCUGGUAUUCUUGACGCGACAGAGCUUGGUCUCUUGGCCCACUACCUCACGCACACUAGUCAAACUAUACCUUUCGACGAUCUCGACCUUUACGCUCUUUCAGUAGGAGUGCCAAAUCUCGCUUUCAAUUGCAAGGCUGUCAUGUCGUCUCUAUUGGCCUUGGCAGCAGCGUGCAAGUCACACAAUAUAGCUAAGCGAGCCCAGCCGCCUCUGGACCCCCAGAACCUAGUGGAGAUUCGAGAGCUACUCGCGCUUGCAGAGCGCCAUCACAGGGAUUCCCUCCGACACAUACAAGUGGCCAUGCAGAACCCAGAUUCAUAUGAUUACGUCCUCGCAAACGCGGCCUUAAUGGUCUUGUAUGCCUCUGCCAGUCACUCCAUCCGAGUCCAUCUUGCGGCCAUGGCGGCACAGUGUGGGCGGCGGUUGCCAGAUGAGUUGUUCCCGCAACACUCACAAUGGAUCUCAUUCACACGCGCAGCCCAUACGGCGUCCACUGCGGUUCUUAACAGCAUCAUUGACAAUGCCGAUAAGUCUUGCAAGCCCGCCACUAGCUCGAUCAUCGACACACGAUCAAAGCUACCAAGCGCGGGCUUAUGUAGUACCAGUGUCUUAUCGCCGCAGGACGGGCCAUCCGAGAGCACCAAACGUCUGUUUCUGCCACUUGUCGCAUCUACGUAUGUCCAAGCUUUUGGAAGGCUACGCGCGAGAGCUGAAUCGACGUCGGCCCUUUUGAAAAGGUCCGCGCUCUCUGCUUGCCACUACUCACAGCUCCACUUAUCCUUGGAAACGGUGUCUGUACUGGAAAAGUGUGCGACCGCCGCUCUGUCUCCAAGAAAGGGCAACGAAAAAUCCGAGACCCCUAACAAUCAACCUAUUUCAUUCAAUGAACGUUCGGGAGUCUCACCAUGGGUGGCGAGGUACAUGGUCAGCGUCACAUCAAUGGAAUCACCGCAAAUACUCCGCCGGAUCAUUAUGUCCUUUUUGAACAAAGCGCCGGCCGAGUAUCUCACACUCGUCCAGUCGGUGCUUGACUCACCCUCCAUGGAAGCGAGGGCUGUGAAUUGGAUCACACGCGACUCACCUGGGACGACGGAGGGACCGUCACUCAAUGCGACACACUUGCUCGCUAUGGACAUCUUUGCGCAUUGGCUGGUGUUGGUGAUGUUAUUGGAUGGCGUGUGGUGGAUUGGUGGUAUUGGACAGUGGGAACUAAGACAGGUUGUGUCAUUGAUAAAGACUCAGAAUCUACUGGGUCAGUCGGUAGAUGCUGGAGAAACGUGGUGGCCCGAGAGCAUGUACCUGGUUAAACGGGAGCUCACCCCUAAGGUCUAG